CCUCAGGGAAUCGGCUGUUACAUGUUCCGCAUCGACGACUUCGACGUGGUUGACGCGACGAUGCAAGGCAACGCGGCUCGCUUCAUCAACCACUCCUGCGAGCCCAACUGCUACUCUCGCGUCAUCAACGUCGACGGACGCAAGCACAUCGUCAUCUUCGCCCUGAGGAAGAUCCACCGGGGCGAAGAACUCACCUACGACUACAAGUUCCCCAUCGAGGACGAGAAGAGCAAGCUGCACUGCAACUGCUCGACGAGGCGCUGCCGUCGCUUCCUGAACUAGUACAACACACACUCACACACAACGCACAAAUAGCCAUCUUGACAAAUGCACUUGAACUCAGGAGGCUGACUCUGA